AAGUAAGUAUCCUUUGAAUUUGUGUUGUUAAUGUCAAGGUCCUGAUGCAGACUUGCCGUAAUUUAACACCGUCAUUUACUAGUGUUCACCGGUUUUGUGUUUCACUACAUACCAUUGUCUCUGUUCACUAAUUGUGAACUGACGAUACGUACAUACAUACGCGCGUCAUCCUAUCUCAUAAUUGCAGGUCACAAAUAUUAGCCAAGUACCAGAAAAUGAGUUACAACUACAUAGUUUCUUGGUUGCUUAUAACAUUCACUGCUGCCGUAUCAUGUGUCCUAACUUAUGUAUUCUCUAGAUACCAACACGAUCCUUACAUGGAUGAAGUUUUUCAUGUGCGCCAAACAUUAAAAUAUAUUCAAGGAAACUGGAAGUUCUGGGAUAGCAAGAUCACCACACCUCCGGGUCUUUAUGUGGCUUAUGUGUCCGCUCACAAAGUUUUGAGUUUAUUAGGUGUACUUCCACCUGAACCUACUGCAAUGCAUUUUAGGUUUUCGAGUGUCCUGUUCAGUAUAAUUAAUCAUGUGAUUAUACUUAGGAUUGUUAAAAUCAUGAAAUGCAACUCUCCUAACAUUCUAGCCAUCACUAUCGCAUCAGAACCAUUAUUCCUCUUUUUCUCUGCCUUCUACUACACUGAUCAUUGCUCGAUAUUAUUCGUCAUGGCGUCUGUUUACUUUAUUUUAUUACAUCGCGACUGGUUAAGUGCUCUGUUUGUCUCCUAUGCUGUCUUCACACGCCAAUCUAAUAUUAUAUGGGUUCCUCUGCUUAUGUGCAUCCACACUUCCGGGAAUCUAUCACAAAAUAUGUUCGGACAUGACCGAUGUUCCUCAACCAUGUGGAUCAAAAGAUUACUGUACAUGUUCAUCACACAUCCACUUUCUGUCACACUUGUUAUGCUGAAAAGUGUCUUCCGACCGUGUUUACCUUUUGUCUUAGUUUUAUUUUCGUUUAUAUCUUUUGUUAUUAUUAAUAAAGGUAUUGUUUUGGGUGAUAGAGAAGCACAUACUGCAGUUUUGAACAUCCCUCAAUUUUUCUACUUUGCUACUUUUUGUGCACUUUCCACUCCUAUUCAGUUUGUGGGUUACAUAGUAAAUAGCAUAAAAUCAUUUAGAAACUUGCUUGUUAAUCGAAGUUGGAGGGUGUUAACUAUAUUUCUUCUGCUCACACCAACUUUUGUCCUAAUUAUAUUAAUAUCUUUGAAGUAUUGUCUUUUUAUCCAUCCCUAUUUGAUUUCUGACAAUAGGCAUUAUACCUUUUAUAUCUGGCGAAAAAUAAUAUAUAGAAAUGUUUCCACGUACUACGGUCUGUCUGUUGUUUAUCUAGUAGCUACAGCGUACUUUGUGAACACCUUGUUCUUUUCUUAUCGAAACAUACCAUUCGGUCCUUUUAUAGAACGCUUAGUUUUCUUAGUGUGCACUUUCAUUGUUGUAAUUGCUUCUGGUUUACUCGAAUUGCGAUAUUUCUUGAUCCCAUUUGUGUUAUGGCGCGUCUUCUCCUUUUCACAUACUCAUUAUAAGUAUUUGCUCUGUGAAGUUUUAUGGAAUUUAUUGAUUGUGUUUAUUACAGCAUAUCUCUUUAUCUUUAAGCCGUUUGAAUGGCCAAGUGAACCUGUGCUGUAUCUGAAAAAAACAGUUUGUUCAGUACUGGUCGAUGUUUAACUAUUAUUGCGAAACAUAGUUCUACCAUAUGCUUCACGUUAUGACAGUUGAAAUUUGCACUAUCCAUGGUUAAUCACAAGGUGAAUGAAGAUCGUUCUCUGAAAGAAUUUGAUGACUGGCUAACUAGAUCAUCCAGCCUACACACUGCAUAUCCUGGAAGAAGUUUAUUGAAAAUUUCAAACAACUUAAAAUUUGGCCAACGUGGUAUAAUUGCUUGUUGUGAAAUAAAAGCAAAACAAUGCUGUUAUUCUGUACCAUUAAAUGAUUUACGCUUAAUUCUUACACCGUUACGAUGUGCUUAUCUACUUAAUCAUUGUCCAUGUUUUGAACAUUCCAAACGUUAUCAAGCUAAUUUAAACUCUAUCGAUACUCUUAUAGCUUUUAUUUACCAUUGUAAAUACUCAACUUCGACCAAAUGCAUCCUAAGAAAGAUUUGGGCACCUUAUCUAUCUGUUCUGCCAGAAGUUUAUUUGGAUCCAUUAUCUUGUAUCUUAUUCGAUACUGACUGUUUAUUUGAGAGAAUAUUGACAGUUAACCCUUCGCACUAUUUUCAUUCAAAUGAUGUAAAUAUUAAAUUACAACGUUUGCUAACACGACUGUUAAGAUCGUGGUAUUGCAUAAAACCAAUUUUUACUAAUAACAAUGAUUGUACAAAAGGUUUGCACUAUAAAGGUUAUAGCAUUCCGCCAAAAGAAUUUCUAUGGGCUUGGUGUACCGUGAAUUCACGUUGUGUCUCAUGUCCUUUUAAAGAAUCUUUAUCAGAGGUUCAACAUCUUUAUAAUCUGCUAAUCAGUUUUGAUUUAAAAGAUUUGAGCUUUUGUAACGAUUUUGAAGUUGUUUCAAUGUUUAUGAAUGCGGAGAAUAGCCACACAGUCGCUUUGAUACCAUUUUUUGAUUUUUUAAAUCAUGGUCAGAAUGUACCAACCGCUCUAUCAUUGUCUAAAACAGAAUUAUCAUUGGAAUUAUAUUUGGAACGUUCAGUAUCUGCAGGUGAACAGGUUUUAAUCAAUUACGGAGCACAUGAUAAUUUAACUCUAUUCACAGAAUAUGGUUUCAUUCUUCCAUUCGAUGAGAAAAGCACCAAUGAAGUGAUUUACUUAAGUUACUGUUUCAUCAUGGAUUUAUUUCAUAAUUUAGUCGAUUCAUUCAUAACAUUGACUAGUAGUAUUAGUAUUAGUAGUAGUAAUUCUGUUACUGUAUCUAAUCCAAUCGAAUCGUCAACUGAUAAUCAAACUGUCGAGAAUAAAUUCAAGAUAUUACCACAAGUCUACUAUUCAUUACGUCUUUAUUUCCAUCGAAUUCUUGAAAAGUUAGAUCUAUCCCUACCACAUAAUUCCACUGAUAACGAUGACGGUAAUGGCAAUGAUGAUGAUGAUAUUACAUGGAGUUCAGUUUAUUUAUCACUUGAUAGUAAUAAUAAUUUUGGUCCAUCCUAUCACCUAGGUUUAAUAUUAUUUUUAAUGUAUACAUUUAUGAGUAAUAUACAUAACAAUGAUAAUCAACAACAGUGUUAUCAAUCUCUUGAUAAUUUGUAUAAUAUUUCAGAAGACACUAUUUACUCAACUAUUCAAACAUUAUCAAAUCGAAUUUAUACGAUCCUUUUAGAACAGCUGAAACAUGAUCGGGAAAAAAUCGUUCAUUUAAUGAAUAAUCCCUCCUGUCAGCACUAUUCGUCAACAUUGGUGUCAUCUACUUUAGCGACAUCUAUUUGUUUAGUAAAUAAAUUUUGUAAAGAUUUUUUAUAUUAUUUUGAUCAACGUGAAUGUUUUAUUAAAAGUUUAAUGGGUAGUUAAUAUUGCUAUAUUAUUGUAUGUAUGCAUGUGUGUAUGUAUUGUAGGGAACAUAAUUGCCCUUUUCAUGUGUAUGUUUAUUUUAAAAGGUCUCAACUGACUUGCAUAUCUUGUUAUAUAUUGUCCUUGUUCACUUAUUUGUGUUAUUUUUAUUGAUUGAGUUACACUUCUCUCGUCUAUUUUUUUAAAAUACAGAUUACCUCUAUGUGUUUGUACCUAGUUGUACCGGGACAGACGUAUUCACUCCUUGCCUUCCUCUAGAACCUGAGUCUCGAAAUCUUAAACCUUUUUUUCUUUGUAUAUACUUAAUAUCUUCUAUUAGUAUGGGAUUUGUCUUAGAAUAAUUUUAUCUUGCUCUACUAAUAUGGUAUGUAUGACGACCUGAACAUGUGUCAGAUUCUACGUUGCAUAUAACCGACUGAAUAUUGUACCGGUGUCUAUGUGUAUUUUCACUUUUACAACUGAUCUAUUGACAGUUUCC